AGUUGUAACCGGAAGCAACGUAUUUACAUCACUGCUUCUGUUCUGUUCAGGAGGUAGGAGGAAGUUCUUGUCCGGCGAACUAGCCGCCCAGAGACAAAUAAUACCUGAAUAAACCCUCUAUUAGGAUUAAGACUGAGUAUGGAAGCGAGUAGACCACUUCACACGGAAGCCAAAGAGGCCUCUGGAUCAGAAGAGGAGGCCAAAAAGGCAGAAGCUGCUGUGGCUAACCGCCUGCCUGAGGUUCGUCUGGUGGUGCUGGGCUGGAGGUGGCCGGGGAAGAGCCUGACUGGAAACACCAUCAUAGGCCGAGAGGAGUUUCGCUUGGAGCGAGCAGCCGAGUUCUGUGUGAAGAGACAGGCCGAGGUGCUAGGGCGGCAGGUGACUGUGGUGGACACUCCAGGCUGGUUCUCUGCCCAGGAUACACCACCCUCCUAUAAACAGGAGUUAGUGAGGGGAGCAUCUCUUUGCCCUCCAGGCCCACACGUCUUCCUGCUUGUCAUCCCUGUGGGCAUGUUCACAGACGUGGACCGUGCUCGCAUCGAGGAACACGUCAGCCUCUUUGGCGAGCGUGUGUGGAAGCACACGAUUGUGGUUUUCACCUGGGCAGAGGUGUUGAGUACCAUUUCAAUUGAGAGGUACAUUCGCAGGGAGGGCAAGGAGCUGCAGUGGGUGCUCGAAAAGUGUAAGCGAAGAUACUUUGUUAUUAAUAACUGCAUAUUCGGGGAGCAUCCCCAGGUGGGCCGCUUGUUGGAGAAAGUGGAAAAGAUGGUGGCAGAGGAGGGGGGCUACUACAACCCAGAGGAGGUGGAGAAGGAGAAGAAACCUCUGGAUGAGUACCAGAAUCCAGCCAAAGAGGGGCGGGAGCUGGGGGCACGGCCCAAACAGAACUCUGGGCUGGGUUUGUCCAAAGUCAUGGAGGCGGAGCCGCUUUCCAGUGAGUGAUGCCCUUAUCUUGGCUCAUUAGAAAGUCAGACUGAAGUCUUAGAAUGUUAUGAGUGUCUUUCUGUUAAUUAAAUGCCACAAACCUCUCUAACACCACUAUAAUAACAGUGGUAUCAAAGUAGUUUAGCUAAAUUCAUCUGAAUUAAGCUUGUAUUAAUGUAAAAUGGGGCCCUAAUAAUAAUAAUACACCAUGUUUGAUUCUAGAUUAACAAGACAUGGCUGAUGGAACUUCCAAACCACAGCUAACCGAGCAUCUGCCUUACUGCGCUGAUGGCAAAGCGGUUUAUUUGACA